AUGGCUCCUACUAGGGUGUCUUGCUUCGCCAUUCUGUUGCUGGCGGCAGUCUUGGCCAUAUCUCUCUCACCUUCCGAGGCUGCGCGGAACCGCCCGUACUGCCGCUUCGACGGGAAGCUGGUGGUGAGCAACCUAGUGAAGGAUCUCACAGCGGCUGGAAACUACUCGACCUUGAUCGCCGCGCUCAAGACGGCAGACCUGGACGAGGACCUUCCCGACCUCUUCAACUGCUACGAGGCGACGCUCUUUGCGCCCACAGACGCGGCGUUCGAGGAGCUCUCGAAUGACACGAAGAAGGCGAUCAAGGACGACAAGGUGCUGCGCGAGGUGCUGCUGCUGCACGUGGUGCAGAAGAAGUUUACCGCCGCUGAGCUCAUGGCCCUCCCGCAAGGGAAGCAGGUGAGACAUGAUAGUGGGCUCAAGGCAGCGGCAGGCGGGUGCAAGGCUCGUCUGGUGAAGGUGUCACCUCGCGGCGCCAAGCCACUCGAGGUGCAGGCCAAGGACGGCCCGCAGGAAGCUUCCGUGGUGGCCGCUGACGUCAUCUCUCUGCGAGUGGUGCAGGUGCAUGGGGUGGAUGACGUCAUCCUGCCCAAGAGCCUACAGAAGGGGGAUGGGGACUCUCUCAAGCCCUCCAAGUGCCUCGCCUGGCGUGCCUAG